CCACCCCUCUCCUCACUUCUCCUCCUCCUCCUCCUCCUCCUCCAUCUCGUACACCCUUCAUUAUCAUCAUCAUCGCCAUCCAUUAUUACCACCCUUCGCUCUCGCUUCUACUGUUUCGGCCUUGUCCAACUACAACACUAUCUCGGGCCUAGUCUCGGCUCAUUUCAGAAACAGAUAAUUCACAGCUCAAACAAAUCACUCUCGAUAUGCAGAGGUGCAGUAGUACUAGCUCUCAGGGCCACGUUAUGGGGUCAUGCUCGUGUGGCUUGUUCCACACCCAGAGCAACUCCUCCUUCUCCAUGUUGUUCUCCAUGCCGAACAAUCAUCACAAGGCGUACGAUCAAUACGAGCCGUCGGAUCACCACCACAUGUACUCCUUCGCCUCCCCUUCUUCUGUCGAUUGCACUCUCUCCCUAGGCACGCCGUCCACUCGUCUCACAGCCGAGGACGGCAACGACGACAAGCGCGGCGGACGGCACGAACGACGCUCCGUUUCGAACUUUUGCUGGGACUUGUUACAACCCAAGCACGCCACGUCAGAGCCGAAAAACAGCAGCGGCAACCGCGGCGGCGCGGGGAGUAACGAUUCGCUUCUGGCUCGCCGCUGCGCCAACUGCGACACCACCUCGACACCGCUCUGGCGAAACGGCCCACGAGGCCCAAAGUCGCUUUGCAAUGCCUGUGGAAUCCGGUUCAAGAAGGAAGAGAGACGAGCCACCGCCGCAGCCGCCACGUCAGCUAACGGCGCAACCUCGUCCGGCAGCCAUUCGUGGAUUAACAACUCUCAGACUCAGAAAAUGCAGUGCUACGCUCCUUCAAUGAACGGAAACGAAUUCCGAUUCAUGGACGAUCACGAAAUGAUGACGUCUCACGAACCGGCCGACGCCGGCGGCGGCAUUCCGUUCCUUUCGUGGCGCCUCAAUGUCACAGACAGACCAAGCCUCGUCCAUGACUUCACCAGAUAAAGAUGUCGAUCCUGUUCUUCAAUGCUCCUAAUUAGUUUGCUUUUUUCCAUGCUUCAUGUUCUUUUUUUUUCCCUCUCAAUUUUAACUUCACAUUAUAAAUCUACCUACUACUACUUACCUACCUUCUAUAUUUGGCCCGUUUUCGCCGUCGGCGGUCGACGGUCGUGAUCCGAACUUAAUGCUGAGAAAUCCAAGUAGACCGUUUGAUAAUGUAUAACCUAGGAAGGAACUUGUCUUGUUUAGUCUGCUAUCAUAUAUGUAAUGAACUGCAAGUUACAGA